CCUUUAGUGGUUGUAAGGGACCAUUUAAAGUAUCGAAGAUGACAAGUAUGUAUCCUGCCCUGACGGGACUCUAUCAGCUUGGUGAAACCAUUGGAUCAGGUGGUUUUGCCAAAGUAAAGAAGGCGUACCAUUUAUUGACUGGUGAAAAGGUUGCAAUCAAAAUAAUGGAUAAGAAAUCCCUUGGGGAGGACCUGCCACGAGUGAAAGUGGAGAUUGAAGCCAUGAAAAACCUCUCCCACCAGAACAUAUGCAAACUCUACCAAGUCAUUGAGACCGACAAGACAUUCUUCAUGGUGCUCGAGUAUUGCCCGGGUGGCGAAUUAUUUGACUACAUCGUUUCUAAGGACAGACUUAAGGAAGACGAGUCCAGAGUAUUCUUUAGACAGAUCGUAUCUGCUGUCGGAUAUAUCCACAAAAAGGGCUAUGCCCACCGUGAUCUAAAGCCAGAGAAUCUGUUAUUAGAUGAGGAUCAGAAUUUGAAACUGACAGACUUUGGUUUGUGCGCUCGCCCAAAGGGUGGUAUGGGCAAUCACCUCGAGACAUGCUGUGGCAGUCCAGCAUAUGCGGCACCAGAACUGAUCCUUGGCAUGCAGUAUCUUGGAAGUGAGGCUGAUGUGUGGAGCAUGGGUGUUCUACUUUACGCACUACUGUGUGGCUUUCUGCCAUUUGACGAUGACAACAUCAGAAUCUUGUAUGAUAAGAUCAAGGGUGGAAAAUACGAAACUCCCCGAUGGCUCUCCCACGAAAGUCUGAGAAUCCUACAGAAUAUGCUGCAGACAGACCCCAAGCGGAGAAUCAAAGUUAACGAACUAUGCAACCAGCCAUGGAUGAUCAAAGAUUAUGGUGUGCCUGUUGACUGUAUUAGCAAAUACAAGAAAGAUGUGAUAGACGAUGACUGUGUAACGGAAUUAGCUGUCCAUUAUGGAUAUUCCAAGACUGAGAUGGCGAAUAUGGUCAAAGAGUGGAAGUAUGACUACUUGACUGCCACUUAUUAUCUCCUCUUGGCGAAAAAGGCGAGAUCUGCUCCUGUCAGAAUAGUACAGAACAGACCACUCACAGAAAAACAACCAAUGGCAGACAAGCCGAGAAGCAAAAGUGUCGACUACGAUCCAUUCGCAUCGCCGUUCUUUGCCACAAAGAAACAACCGCCGCCAAACCACAACACUGACGAAGUCAAAUCAGCGAGGAAGAAUAUCAUGAAGGACGGUCCCGGAAAGGAGAACUUUGCUGUGCCUCAUACUCCAGUGAUGAAGACACCCAGGCCACAGCGGAACAGAUCACCAUCGGCAGGGCCGAGGACACCCCUUCCAAUGGCCUCGUUACUUACAGAUGAGAAAUAUGCUAAGACAAUGGUGACACCGGCUAAGAAGUCCGACCAGUAUGGUACCAAUACCCUCAGCCCAUCUCGAUCGUUUGACUCCCAGCUACACAAUAUGGCAUUACAGACACCUGUCAGUGCCUCAAAGAAGUGUCAAUCAAUUGACAGCCAUCUUCACACAGCUCACGACGAGCUACUCCAGACUCCGAUGAACAGGAAGAUGAGAGGUCCCAAGUUUGGUAGCCUCGAGAAGGGCAUCGAUAAGAUGAAGAAUAUAUUCACGCCGAGGAAGAGGAUGAUCGGUGAUGGGCCAAGAAAAGUCAAGGUGCUAUGUAACGUGUCUAAUACAAGUGAACACCAAGCUGAUCAUGUCCUGGAUCGGCUGAAGGCUUCCCUCGGGGACAAGCGGAUUCAUUACAAACAGAAUGGAUACCUGUUGAGGUGUACAGUCAAGGACGACUGGGGCACCAUCAAGUUGGCGUUUGACCUUGAAGUGUGUCAGGUGGCCAAGUGCGACCUGAUCGGCGUGCAGAGGAAGCGAGUCAAGGGAGACUCCUGGCAUUAUAAGCGACUGUGCGAAGAUGUCCUACAGUCGGCUAGGCUAUGAGAUGACAGGUGAUAAGAAAAAACUUGAGAAGAUCCUGUGCAUUGUUGAUGCUACAUGAAACAAACGCAAGAAAAAACAGAUGACAAAACUUGAUGCCGAAGUAAACCUGAGGAUGUGUUAGAUAAAAAUGUAACAGGGGUUCAAGUAACAAUAGUGUUACCGUCUUCGUCUUCCUUGCAAUUGCAAAGCUACCAACUGCAUUAUGUACAUUGCUACUAUGUGUUUUAUCAUAAGAUUAAAUGUAUCUCGCCGAAUGCUUCAAUAUUCAUAUGCAAUAUUUUUAUCCAUUUUAAUUUGGUAUACCACAGGCUACUUAAUGUUCAUAUGACUGUAUCUAUGUCAAGGGAUUGCUGGUUUACCCUGUAUUUCAUACUGCAAUCGACUAAAAAUUACUCACUAUGUCGAGCCGUUUUUGGUGUGUCUGUUUCGCUUAGGCCUAUUACACUUAAAAUAAGCCUUUUGCACAGGUGUCCCUCAACCGACUAAGUAGUGUCGACACUGUAUGUUUAAUAUAACUUUUAUCAAAACGUAUCUAGUUAAAGUAUUACGUUUUUGCUUUUAUCCAGCACACUUUCAGGUAUAUCUAAAAAUUUUGAUAAGAAAGCAGCAGUUUUGCUUCAAACAUGCUUGUUACCAAAUGACAGGCUUCCUGAACUUCAAAAUGUCCAUUCUGCAUUUGACAGUCUGAAGAUGUGGUUUACGAUAAUUGUGUAGGUGUUAUUCAGAAACGAUGUGAAGGACGCUUGGAAGAGCUUGUCAUGUAGCACGCUGAAAUGUCUGAUUCAUGACAAUUUCAAUGGAAGUGAUAUUUGGUUACUGUGCAUGGUUCCGUUAAUAGGUUGUUGGGUCAUAUUUUUGUUAUCUUUUGUUAAAAUCAAAGUGUAUUCUUGAAAGUCAGAACCAUGUAGUCAGACUUGAGAGGAUAGCUUACGAGUUUCACAUCAGUUGGUUCAACAAUCGAAGCAUAUAAUAAAAACUGCUGACAAGACCUUUUUAAAAAAAACCUUAUUUUGCAUGUAUGUACCGGUACUGAAUUUUCAUCAUUCUUCAGCUUUAAGAUAUUUCAAAUUCGUGGGAAAGAUUGGUAAUUAAAAAUACAUGAGAGUAGAUGACCAGUUGGAUUUUGAAAGUCACCCUGAUUUAAAAAAAAUCAUGUCAUUAUUGAUGUGAACAUCUAUCGUGGGAACUUUCUAUUUCUGCAUUCUAAAUCUUAGAUGGAGAUUCCUGUUUAAGUGGAAAAUGCUGUCAUCUGUGUCAAUUCGUUCUGGUCACUGUAUACCUGGGAACAUCUGAAGGAUUUGAAACAUGAUACCCAUACAGUAGCACUAUAAGACUUAAAAUGGCCAUUUGGUCUAAAAACAGAGUUUCUCUAACUGUUAUUUCAUGUUACAUUGGGUAAACUUAAACAAGUGACCAAUUUUUUCCUGACAAAAAUAAUGUUCAACAUUUGAAAUCAAUCAGACUGAAGGUGAAAGGAACCAUGAACUAGAAUAACAUUGGGUAGAAAAAAUAAAGGAAACAACAGAAGUCACGGAAAUAUUUUAUGCAAAUUUUUCCACCCCACGAAUAAUAUUCAUUAAUCUUGUGAGCAUUUUGCAUCAAUCUCUGCUAAUUUUUUUCCCCUGUUCUAUUAACUUAAGCCUUUUUACGUGUCGUGUUCAUGUGCCACGAAGGCGCCUGUGCGACAUUUUCGCCACACUUAAUGCGCCAAGAGAAUAUGCUUGGUUAACCGCAACUAGAGAUGUUAAUAUGUAUUAUCAAGAUUUGUCGAAAUGCUUUAAUGAUUGGUCUUUACCUUCGCGGGGCAUAAACAGGCGGGAAAUGAGAUUCAGAUGACAGCAGUUUCGAGUGUGCGUUAGGCAGUUUUACUGCGGUAAUCUUUCAGCGAUCGUCGAAAAGAGGAAACCAAUGUUUAUUCUAUGCAGUGGGAACAUCGUAAAAGCAACGCGCUGGUCAUGUUUGAAAAAUUCCAAACUUCUUGAGGUAUUGUGACGGUGUUGGUUGUUUUGUGUUGACAUGCAAGGUUGUCAUUAGUGGCUAAUAAGCUCCUCCACGGGAAUGCCAAGUGAUGUCGUAUAAAUGAAGAAUGAGAGAGCGAUGAUUGAACGAAUGAAAAAUGUAUGAAUGAUUUUGCCUGGCGGUUUGUAAUGUGGUCAUUUUGCAGCCACAUAAUGAGGCGAUUGUUGGUAAUUGGUUGAAUGUGGGAAGAUUGAUGAUGAGAUUUUGAAAAUAAUCUGAAACUGGGCGCUGUUUGUUUUUUCACCUGGGGCAUUGAAGUACAUCUUAAGAAAAAAAUCUAAUGAAAUCUGUAUUGAUGUCAUUGUUUUUUGUGGAAAGCAACCUUUCUUAAUGAGCAAAUUUGCAUGCAAUUUGAAAAUAAUGUUGGUGUAUUCAUUUUUGUAAUUUCUUUAUUUAUAAAAAGUCCAAAAUCUUUUUUACCAGUAAGUUUUUAACAUGUCAUUAAUCAUUUUAAGGAAAGAUAGACUCUCUUUGUUUUUGUGGAGACUAAGUAUCUUAAUAAUAAUCCCUCAGUCCGGAGGUUAAAUGGUGAUUUCUCCUGAGCUUGUGUAAAAUCAAUUUGAGAAAAUAUCGCCCUUCUGACGAGUUGAAAUCCGACAUCUGUACGAUCCUCCUCGGUGAACAUUUGCCGAGGCCUGCAGUUGAUUUCACACCAGCUACUAGCCAUUGUUCAACGAUGAUUGAAAUUUAAUUCAAUCACUGCUACUUCCAGCCCGCCAGAUUCUUUGUAAACCCGAAGUGCAAUUCUUACGGUUACUUUCAUUCUGGAGUGAUGUACCAAUGAUUUUAUCGACAAGAUCUGCGCUGGCCAUAUGACAGUUUCAUGUCUUCGUUUUGUUAGCAUCUUAAAUUGAGAUGAUGUGAGUUUUAGAAUUUCAAUUAGCGUCAUUUCCUUAAACUAUUUAGGAAUGAUUUCAGCACCACAGUUUUUUACUGAGAUAUUUAAAGCAGUUUGCAAGUGCUAUGUAACCUUGUUACAGUCACUUAUUAAGGUAUUCACCAGCUGGACUAGAACUGGAUCUCUUUGAAAUUAUUAUCAAUCAUAGUUUUAGAUACCAGUACUGUAUAUUUUUAUAAUCAUGUCUAAUGUAUUUUAGGAGAAGUAUAAUAUUUGUCAUAUAAUUUGUGUAAAU